GGCGCGCCGCCCCGCCCACCUCCCGGCUUCGUCUGCCCGCUGCGCAGCUCCGCGGACCCUCGCCCGCCGCCAAAAUGUCUGCAAGCGCCCCUGCAGGUUCCAGUGCUGCCACUGGCGGCAGUCGGAGAAUUCAGCAGACACAGAACCAAGUGGAUGAGGUUGUGGACAUAAUGAGAGUCAAUGUGGACAAGGUGUUAGAAAGAGACCAGAAGCUCUCUGAGCUAGAUGAUCGUGCAGAUGCAUUGCAGGCAGGAGCUUCUCAAUUUGAGACAAGUGCUGCCAAGUUGAAGAGAAAAUAUUGGUGGAAGAAUUGCAAGAUGUGGGCAAUAGGGAUCAGCGUUCUGGUCAUUAUCGUCGUCAUCAUCAUCGUAUGGAGUGUCUCUUAAUGAAGAACUGGUGAAACUCAAGCCUGCUGUCCAGGAAACCUCUUCAAGACUUUUGACUUAGAACCUGCUAUAUUAUCCAGCUUACCUACUGUUAUUUGCAAAAUGAUUAUUUUUGUUAGUUCAUGUAAAGUUUGGUUUCUAGGCUGUGUGCCCUUGUUUUUUAAUACACACUCCAAACCAGAGGGCCAGCCCGCCCACGCUUUGCACAGUGCCUUCACAGAUCUACCUAUGAGCAAUAGGGGACAUCUGGACUCCAGAGGGCUGUAACCUAGACUUAAUGUUAUCACUCAUUCAUUGCCAUUGACUCCAGUUAAGGGAAUCCAUUGCAAGUUCACUAUCCUGGUCAUUUGACAUUAUCUUUAGAGCCACAUUUAAACCUUAGGGUAAUCAGAUUUCCACCUUGUGCCUUCCAGGAAGAACACUACUGCCUAAUACUGAUCUGUGACAAUAACAGGCUGUGCCUUAUUUUGAUACUUUCCUGGUUCUCUGUAAGCCCUCUUCUUUUUGUAAGCACUACUGACUCUUGCUGUAUUUAAAAUAAGAUACUGGUAAAGAAUUUUUGCUCUUUUGUUAGAUAUGAAGAUGUUUACUUCCUUGUUAUUGUUAUAUAUCACUUGCUAAAAUAUUAAUCAGAAAUAACACCUUUAAAAAGUUUUUUAUAGAACUGUCAACAUGACCAAAGUUCCUAGUUUGCCAAAAAGUUAAGUAUGAAUAAAUUGUCUUUACGUCCGUCCCUGACAGAUAAAUUCAGAAAAGUGCCAAAUGGGACUCAAGGUGCCCUUAAAAAGGAAAAUGGUAGUGUUGUGUGUGAACCUUCUGUAUCCUAAGAAGUCUGCUGUGCCUCUGAAAUGCUGGCCCAUGCCUUCUGAUCUGGCCUUUUUCACUGAGGUUGAGGUUGGAGCUAGACUCUCAUCGUUUGAUCUCUUACCAGCAGACAGUGUUUUCCCAGCAUUUUGCAGAUCAUCAGCUGUGGGCUCCAGUGUCUUUCUGAUAAUUACUUGAGCAACAAUUUUGUGACCCUUAAGUAAGACCAUCUCUGAAGAUGAUCAUUACUUAGCCCAGUCUUCAGAGGUGAUAGUUUUUUGAAGUUUGUUUCCUAUUUUUAUUCAUAUUCCGCUUCCUAAAUCAGUCGUGUAAAUUAUGCUUGUGAUGAGGCAUUGGUCAUGGGUGGUGACUCUUCACAGAGGAUAGCUAACCGAGAUGCCUGCUCUCUUCAGUGGCAAACUGCAUAGGAUGCUGCUGUGUAAAUAGCUGUUCCCAUCUGAGAUACUUUGUUAUGUGCGUGAGACUUUUAACAUCAGAGUAUGCGGCUCAAAGGUGGGAAUUCCAGUGUGAAUGAAGGCAGGGAAGGAGGCACCGAGAGAGAAGCAGGUGAGCUUCAUUGCACUGUGGCCCACUGUUACUAAAAUGCUUGUUCACAGGCUAGUAUGACUUAAAAGCAGCAACAGCUGAGCUGCACCAGAAAAUGGUUCCAUUUCUUUAAUAUCUGUUUCCCUGAUAUUGCUGAGAUGAUUUAAUGUUGGAGACAUGCCUUGCAAUAUGCCCAGCUGUGAGAAAGCAGCUAUUGGCUUGGAGACAUCAGCACACCCUCCUGACAGGAUCCCUGACCAGGUCUGACUCUGAAUCCUUGGUGCUCGCUCCUCGGCCUCAAUACUCGGUCCCACGUAACCCACGGGCUCCUGCAUUCAUCCAGGAAUACCUCGCUUGUAUCCAUGCAUUUAGCUGGGAACUCACCCACUCUAAUGACCCGAAUAAAGUGUUUAUAAACAUG